AUGAACGGCACCGUGUGCGUGCACGUACAACAACAACGACAACAGACAUCUCCUUGCCAAGCCUUGACUCACUUCCGCUCUCGCCUCACUCCUCGUCAGCUCUGUCGCGCAGUCUCGACCGCCCUGCCGCUCUUUCUCCCGUGCACCUCCGCGUUGCCCUUGCCCGCUGUCGGCGUUGUGGAUUUGCCGAAAAUGGCGUUGAGGAUCAGCAUAAUAGUAUAUGUAGUCCUCCAGUUCAUCGCGUUUUUUUUCGUGCUGGUGGGUACGCCGCUCGACAUGUUUCGCGCCGCGGUUGAGGAGUUUAACUUCUCCCAUGUCUGCGUGACGUUGUGGGGUGCGAAGUUGGGUUGUUAUAACAGCUCGUACCUCGUCACGUCGGACGAGUUGUGGGUGAAUUGCACGGCGCGCCGCGACCGCUUCCGCGCUGCUCAGGCGUUGGCUGUCAUCUCCAUCUUCGUGUACGGCGCGGCGUUCGUCUUGGGCGUCCUUCUGCUGUGCUGCUGCUCGAUCCUCCGCUGGGUGUGCCUGGCUGUCAACAUCGUGGGCGUCUUCACGUUGGUCGUCGUCUGGGUGGCCAUGGUGGUGACCUACUACGCAAGUGAGAAUACAUAUUGCCCGAAUCUCAAGCGUUUCUUCAACUAUGGAGCCGGGUUCGCUCUCUUCUUGGUGGCCUGGUGCCUGGACAUCAUCAACAUCUUCUUAUUGGUGAUCCGGGGGGAAGAUGAGAAGGCUUGUGCAAACGAGAAUCCGGAGUUCUAUACAAGGGGCGGGCAGGAGGAAAUGAAGUGA